AUGAAGGAGGGGCACGUGCACGGGCCAGGGAUGGAGGUAGAGUCUGGGGCGGAACAAAGCGGGAGCAGCAAACGGUUUGUGUGCGGUGGGGAUGGAGGGCCCGGCCUGAUCUGGAGCAAGGUUGAGGUGGUCUUCUGGCUGCUGUCCAUGCUGGCAACGCGGGACCAAGAGGACACGGCGCGCACCCUGCUGGCGAUGUCCAGCUCGCCGGAGAGCUGCGUGGCCAUGCGCCGCUCGGGGUGCCUGCCGCUGCUGCUGCAGAUCCUGCACGGCACCGAGGCUGGCGCCGGGGGUCGCAGCGGAGCCCCCGGGGCGCCGGGAGCCAAGGACGCACGCAUGCGCGCCAACGCGGCGCUGCACAACAUUGUCUUCUCGCAGCCCGACCAGGGCCUGGCGCGCAAGGAGAUGCGCGUCCUGCACGUGCUGGAGCAGAUCCGGGCCUACUGCGAGACCUGCUGGGACUGGCUGCGGGCGGGCGGCGGCGCCGAGGCGGCCGCUUUGGAGUUCAUGUUUGAGAAGCCCGUUACAGUCCCCCUGGAAACAUCAGGCUAG